AAAAUGCGGUUUAAUAUUAUUAUUGUAAUAAUUUCUUUAAUUAUUUCAUUUGUUCUAACACAAGAAAGGCCUUAUAAAAUUCUUGUAACACUAGCUGCAGAUUCCCAAAGCCAUCUACGUUCAAUGCUUCCUUUAAUUAAUAGUUUAGCAGAUGCUGGUCACCAUAUUUAUAUUUUAAAUAUUUUCACAAAGGAAAAACCUGAGAAAUAUUCUAAAAAUGUUUCUAUUAUACGUGUUCCUCUUGAUAUUGCUCUACAAGAUGAUGAACAAGUAAAGGAUAUGCAAAAAUUAAUGUGGGACUAUACUUUACAUUCUCCAAUGCUUUCUUUAGUUUAUAAGAUGGUUGGAAAAGUACUUAAUGAAGUUACUACAAAUCGGUCUGAAGAGUUUACCCAAAUAAUAAACUCAAAAUGGGAUUUAGUGCUUGUAUCAGAAUUAUUUAAUUCACACGGUUAUUCAAUUGCUAAUUUAUUACAUGAACGUGAUAAUGUUCCUUAUGUUAUAUUUUCAUCAUCAAUGAUUAUGGGUAUGCAUGCUUGGACAAAGGCUGUAGCAUAUAAUUGGGUAUCUCACCCACACCCAUUUUCGCCUAACCCCGGAAGCGGCACAGACGGUGCUUUUAAUCCUAUUUAUUUUCAUCAUAGAUCUAUUCACAGUCUUGAAGGAAUGGGUGAUUUAAUAACAGAACCAGUCACCGAUUAUUAUAUCAAUCCAAUUUUUACUCGUUUUAAUGGUGGAAAAAACUUUAAAUUCUCAAAAUUUAUCACUCAGAGUUCAGCUACAUUUGUUGACGCAAUUGAAUAUUUAGGGUUUUCUCAACCAGAGAUCUCAGAAAUGUAUAGAAUUGGUGCUCAUUGUGAAGAGUCUUCCAAAUUACCGAAAGAAUAUUUAAAUUUUGUUGAGGAUCCAAAAUCAAAAGGCACUAUUUAUGUUGCUUUCGGAACAGCUAUUGCUUGGGGGAAUGCACCCCCUCACAUUAUUGAAGCUUUCUUCACUGCUUUUUCAAAACUUGCUGAUUAUCGAAUUAUUUUUGCUUUCAAAGGGUCUAAAGAAUUUUUAGAAAAACGUGAAAAAUUACCACAACAUAUUCGAAUUGUUGAAUGGGCACCCCAAUUAGAUAUAUUGGCACAUUCAAAAACAAAAGUAUUCCUAACACACGGUGGACUAAAAAGUGUUAAAGAAUCAAUUUGCUCAAAAACACCAAUGCUUGCAAUGCCAAUUUUUGCAGAGCAGAACCAUAAUGCACAUAUGGUUUUGAAAUAUGGAAUAGGAAUUGCAUUGAGUAAGUUUGAUACUAAUGCCGAAAAGUUGUAUACAAUUCUAAAAGAACUUUUGGACAAUCCAAAAUAUGGGGAACGAACAGAAAAAAUGCAAAAUAUUUUCCUCGAUAGACCAAUUUAUGGAUUAGAUGAAGGUGAAUUUUGGAUUAGAAAAAUAAUUAAAAAUAGCAAGACAAAAAGAAAACAUUUUUUUGAAAGAAAAGGAGUUGACAUAAAUUUAAUUGAAUAUUUUCACUUUGAUAUAAUAUUUUUAUUUUUAAUAUUUUUAUUUAUCCUUUCAAAAUAA